UGUACUGGAAGAAGAGUUUUAAGUUCUGCCCACAUUAGUUGCUAUAAGGGCUCUUCACACAUUCAUAUGCUCCAAAAACUUCUAGUUCACGCCCUGUGGUCCACAAAGGAGCCUCAUGCCACCUACACCAGGGACCUGCUCUGAGGGGCCAGGGAGUGUCAGCGGGGGCUGGGGACAACAUGUGUACUUGGAGGCAGGGGUGGGACCCCUGCUAGACUGUUGCCUCCUUGUCCAGCCCCUAGCAGCUCCCUGGUGGAAGAGCCUCAGACCAGGAAGCAGGAGGUGUCCGGUGCCAGGCCAGCCUCGGAAAGGAGCCUCUUCUGACUGCAGCGGCUUCAUCUGCCAGGGCGGCAUCUCAGCCAGCAGCGGCGGGCUCCCAGGGCUGACUGCAGCGACCAGCAGGCUGUGCUGCCAGGAUGUGGGCUUUGGUUUCUGUUUCUGUUUUGUCUCGUGCUUGUUGAUGUGGCCUGCUUAGUUCCCCUGGGAAGGGGAAGUGCCGGGACACAUGGAAGCCACCCAUCCACUAGCCAAGGAUCAGUUGAGCCCUGGGGCUGAUGCUUGCCCACACUGCUGAGAAUGGCACGGAGGCCCAGCCAGGCAGCAGGAGAAAGGUUAACCUGGGACACUCCUGGACAGUGAUCCUGAUGUCUGUUCUGAGUUGUGCACUCAAGGGUGUGAUAAGAGAAAGAGGCCAAUGUCCAGUGAGCUACUGGUUCUUCCUGAUGCAGGCCUUCCCAGGUCUCUGAUCUCAGUGCCGAGCAAGGAGCCAGGACGUCCAGUUUCUCCUUUUUGUCUCACAUGGACUAGGCAUGUUCUUCUGGCAAAACCCCACAGAUGCAGCCUGACCUGGCCUAGAAGUGUCAAGCCUGGUGUCCACUGGCAGCUGGCAGAGCUGGGAUGCAUGUUUUCAUCAUCUGCCUUUCCAUUCCUGAUGCAGCCCUGAACUGCUCCCCUCACCCCCCUCACACACACACCCAAACAUGCAUCGUUUAGAGACUGCCUGCUCUGGAGACACCUGUGCCAAGGCUGCAGAACAGAGGACUGGAAAAUAGUCCCUUCCCUCAAGGAAUACACAGCUAGCUAGCUGUGUACUAGCUAGCUGGAUCAGAGGGCAUAUGCCUUAUAACAGCAAACAGGGUGGCACUGGAGAAAGAGGCAAUUGAGUCAUCCAGACAGUCACUGAUGGAGGGCAAGGAGAAAGCUGAGAGAUCUGGGGGCCAGCCUUCAGGGAAGCAGGAUGGAGCCUUAAAGACUGGUGGGGUUGAGAAGAGAGGAGAGGAAGGCAAGAAGAAGUAAGAGAGGACUGUCAGCCCACUGGUUUCCUUUCAACAUUGAAACUACACCAAAACCUGCUUAAUGGAGGAGUGAAAGACAAAUGUGACCACAACGAGCUUCCACUUUCAACCCAUUAGGAUGACCAUCAUCAAAAAACCAGAAAAUAACAAGUGCUGGCAAGGAUGUGGAGAAAUUGGAAUCCUUGAGUACUGUUGGUGGGAACGUAAAAUGCCAGCCCCACUCGGCGCCAUGGCAUCUGCCGAGCCCCUGACGGCGCUGUCCCGCUGGUACCUGUAUGCCAUCCACGGCUACUUCUGCGAGGUGAUGUUCACGGCGGCCUGGGAGUUCGUGGUGAACUUUAACUGGAAGUUCCCUGGGGUUACGAGCGUGUGGGCUCUCUUCAUCUACGGCACCUCCAUCCUCAUCGUGGAGCGCAUGUACCUGCGCCUGCGCGGCCGCUGCCCACUGCUGGUGCGCUGCCUCAUCUACACGCUCUGGACCUACCUGUGGGAGUUCACCACCGGCUUCAUCCUGCGCCAGUUCAACGCCUGUCCCUGGGACUAUUCCCAGUUCGACUUUGACUUCAUGGGCCUCAUCACCCUGGAGUACGCCGUGCCCUGGUUCUGCGGGUCCCUCAUCAUGGAGCAGUUCAUCAUCCGCAACACCCUCCGCCUCCGCUUUGACAAGGACGCUGAGCCCGGGGAGCCCAGUGGCCCCCUGGCGAUGGCCAACGGCCACGUCAAGACAGACUGAAUGGGACUGGUGGGUGGGGCCCGGGGCUCUCUCAUGGACCCGGUGGACAGAGGUACCAAGCUGGUGGGGUUACGUCUUCUGAACAGCACAAGCCCUGGCCCGGGUCUGGCCUCAGCCCCUUAGGGCACACACCCUCGCCGUCCACCGGGGGCGGGACCGGGGGCGGGGCCAGGUGUGGGGGGCGGGUGUCGAGGUAGCCCGGCGACUCUGGGAAGGGUCUGUGGAUCCCUGCCCAGCUCAGAGGCUGGCGGCCAGAGGCCUAUGGCUAAGCAGCGACUUGACCACCUGGGUGACUUUGGAAGCAGCAGGCCCUGUCCUGGCUAAGGGACUCUGAGAAUGGGGCAGAAGAUGAGAAGCCUGAGGAGGCCUGAGGAGGCCUUGGGCUGCUGCGAGGCCUCCUCUCUCCUUUCACGUGGUUUAAGUUGGGCUUUGGCUGGUUCCAUUAGGCAAUAUUCAGGUGCUUGCUUGCAACCAAUACCUCCCCGGGGGCCUGCUGAGCUGCAGCCUAAGGACAGACUGGGCGGCCAGGAGGCUGCUUGGCAGUAGUGCUGGUCUGCCAGGGCUGGAGGCCUUCCCUUGGCUCCUCUCCCCUCCCCCAGGGCUCCGACGCUCCCUUGGCCUUCUGGGGACCCCCCCACCCUGGUGCUGGAUUCCCACCAACCUUGGGCUUUUGGAGGUUUCAAUCCCUGUGUGUUCGGUGGCGUUUCCCCCCUUUCUCUUUUAUUUUCAAGGCUUUUACCACUAGCAGCCCCUUUAUCCAUGUCUGUCAUCCCCACCGGCCCCCCUCCCCAACUCCCUGAUCAACACAGCAGCUGCCAGAGAUAGAACCCUGAGACAGACCCUGCCCACCCUAUUGCUGCCUUCCCUCCACUAUUUCUGCUGGCCUGAUGACUGGGAAGUUCCCCUUUUACACCUCCCCACCUGUCUGGUGGGCUGUGGCAAUGCCCCGGUGCUCUUCUCUGUGCCCCCUCCCCUCAGUGGCCCAGCAAAAAUUGAAUGAUAUACCCUCCCCCAACACACAGGCCAAGAUGGGCCACCCCAGAUCCACAAUGGGGACCUAGAGACAAAUCAGUUUAGGGGAGGAGGGUUGUGAUAAAGGCAUCUGGUUUCUUUUCAAGCCAGUCAGGGGGAAUCGAGCUUUCUAGGGGAUGGAGGAGCAGGAAUCCGGUGUUGGGAGACCCAUGGAGAAUAAGUGAGGGAAAAAAAGAAGACAGCCUUUCAGCUUUGAGAGGGUCUUUGGAGCAUCCUUAGUGGGAGGGGGUCAGUUGGUUCUGCCAUAGCCCCAGCCCUGCAGCAAAAUCUGGUCAGCGCUACCCCCUUCCCACCCCUCCCAGCAAGGCUGACCCUUUGAGCUUACUCCUUAAGCAGUAUUAGCCCUGCCAUGCUCAUGGGCUUUGUCAUCUUGGUUGCCAGCCCCCCCCCCCCUUCCUCUGUGACAGGUCCAUUGCUGGCAGUGGACAGGUGAAGUCCUCACUCCAGCCCACUUCUGGCUCUGUCCCCACUCCCUGAAGGGAGAGGUCCAUCAGAAUGCAGCCAAUGCUGUGGCAUGUGGUCUCUUGACGCACUAGGAGUCUUAGAUAGAAAUUUGCCUUUCCCUUUUUAUGGAUCAUUAUAAAACGAUAAUACUGUCUGUGGAGAGAAUCUGCUCUUCCUUGCUGUGCUGCUCUACCUAGACUGUGCAGACAGCACUAGUCAGGGUGUGAGCCAGGGCUGGUGGGCUGGGGAUGGGCAGGAGUGGUAUCCCAGAUGGGGAGAAAGGCUGGUUGUUUUCUGCGGUUAACCCUGUCCAGGACAGGAUGAAGGGCACCUUCCAGCCUCUGUGUCCCUGCCAGGCUCCUCAAAUCCAGGCAUGAACUACAUUCUGCAAGGGCCAGACCUACCUUUGAUUUUGCUGUGGCCCCAAUUCCAGGGCUUUGGGGCAUCCAGAGAUUCAGGUUUCUAUCUACAGGUGGAAGGGAUUCUAGAGGGAAAAUAUCAUCUGGCUUCCCUGUUCCCUCUGGGAAAUUGUUUCCUUGGCCUUCUCCCUUAAUUCUGUUAUAUCCCAGUUUUCUGGACCCCAACACCCUUCCAGGCCCCCCACAUGGGCCCUUAGACCACACCACCCACCUUUGCCCUCCCCUGCCACGACCGAAUCUGUGGUCAGCUUGUUGAUGUCUGCCAGCAUAGGGCCUCCAUGAUUCUCAGUCAGAGCAAGCCCUUGGAUGGCCCAUCGGGUCUGUCCACUCCAGAUGUUGCCUCAUGGGCAUUCCCUGGCACCGUCUUUUCUCUGGGCCCUACAAACUCCCAAGUACAGGAGGUCCCACAGUAAACCUGCCUGCCUGACAUGUACAGAGCACUGUUUUUCUGCUUCAUCCAGGUGCCCUGUUGCUCUUAUUGUCCCUCAUAGGGCACAGAGCCCAGCAAAGGCGGGCAAUGAUCCAGGGCAUGAGUUCAGGGUCUGAAGGCUCAGAAAUCACCAGGAGUAGCUCUGAUUUCAACUCUUGCUUUUUUUUUUUUUUUUUUUUUGGUAUCUUCAGGGCCCUAAUCCCUUAGUGCCCAGGCACCCCAGCUCUGUCAGUGGGGGUGCUGGCAGGAAGAGUCUGCUUGCUGUUUGUGAACCUCUGGUGUCCUGGGUCUCUCUCCACUGGACAUGGCAGCAUUUCUGAGUUAUAGACCGCCAUGUGCUGCCCUGCAUGGUUGAACCGCUUCUGAUGUCUGCUAGGCAUCCUGUCCCUUAUGCCCUGUCCCCUCUGAUGCCAGUGAGUCACAAUGGCCUAUGCUUAUUUACAGCAAUAAUACAUAGGGAGUGUCCAUGAAAUCCUCUUGUCCUAGUCCCUCACUCUCUGCAUGGGUCUCCUUAGGGAGGCAGCACUGAAUGGGUCAGUUCCUGAGAACCUAUAUUUAUGAAGCUCUGGGCUGUGCAGACAUCAUCACAGGGAAUUCAGAAAGGAAAGAGGUCCAGCCCUUGAGCUAUGGUGAAGGCAGGGAGAGUACCUUCCACCCUGAAGCCACCCCAGACAUGGAGGAGCUGCAGGUCCCGGCUCUCCCACCUUCGAAGUGGGUGGGACUGUCUCCCAACUGCGGCAGCUCUUCAGAAGGACACACGACUGGUUUGUGCGCCCAUUGCCUGCUCUGUCUUCAUUGGUCUCUUUGUCUCUUCCUUUUCACAUUUGUGCACAUCAAAUAUACUGGUGUUUGUGUUCCAGAA